CGACGAAAUGGCAACUUCCAAGACCAACGGCACCCCCAGCGAUGCUGUCAAUGGAGACGGCCUUCAUCACAAGAUAUCAUCAAAUGGAAACGGCGUCUCUGCAUCACCUUCAUCCUACGACUGCAUCAUCGUCGGCGCAGGCUUCAGCGGCAUCUCCGCCCUGCACCGGCUCCGCAAACUGAAUCUCUCCGCGCACAUCUUCGAGGCCGGCACCGAUUUCGGCGGCGUCUGGUACUGGAAUCGCUAUCCAGGAGCUAGAGUAGAUUCUGAAACCCCUUUCUACCAGCUCAACAUCCCCGAAGUGUACCGAACGUGGAACUUCAGCAAGCGCUUCCCAGACCACGUUGAGCUUCGGAAGUACUUCGCGCACAUCGACAAGACGCUCAGCCUACGGAAAGACGUCAGCUUCAAUUCUAAAGUUGUAGACGCGUCGUGGGAUGACGCAGCAGGGCGAUGGACGGUUAAGACUGCGACAGGAGAAGUGGCGAGUGCGAAGUAUCUGAUGCUGUGCUCUGGCUUGCUGCACCAUACGUAUAUACCUGACUUCCCUGGUUUGAGCCAGUAUAAGGGCGUUGUCCACCACACCGGCGCCUGGCCAGAAGGCGUGAGUGUAAAGGGAAAGAAGGUCGCCGUGGUCGGUGCCGGCGCCACCAGCGUGCAAGUGGUACAAGAGCUUGGGAAAGAGGCAGAGCACCUAACAAUGUUCAUGCGGCGGCCGAGUUACUGCUUGCCCAUGGGGCAGCGUACGUUCACUGCGGAAGAGCAGAACACAUGGAGGCCAUACUAUGAUCGCUUAUUUCAACAAGGCCGACUCUCGUUCUCAGGAUUUCCCAAUAGUCGUAAGCAGGGCGACCUCUUUGACGAUUCGCCGGAGGUGCGAGAGGCAUGGUUCAAUGAAAUCUGGGACCGAGGCGCUUUUAAUUUCAUGAUGUGCAACUAUGGCAGCUUCCUCGUUGACAAGGAGGCGAACCGGGUUGUCUAUGAUUUCUGGAAGAAGAAGAUACGGGCGAGGAUGACUGAUCCGAAGAAGCAGGAGUUGAUGGCACCAGAGGAUCCCCCGUACUAUUUCGCCACGAAGAGGAACCCGCUCGAGAAUGAUUACUAUGAGGUCCUGGACCAACCAAAUGUGGAGAUCGUAGACUUGACAAAAGCAGCACUCAAGUCAUUCACCGAGACUGGCCUCCAGUUAGAAGAUGGCAGCACGCAUGAUUUCGAUUACGUAGUGCUCGCAACAGGUUUCGACAGCUUCACUGGCUCUAUGACAAACAUGGGCCUCAAGAGCAAAGACGGCAUCGAUAUCAAAGACACCUGGAGUAAAGGCAUCUCCACCUACCUCGGCCUGCUCAUCGGCGGCUUCCCAAACACCUUCAUGGUCUACAGCCCUCAAUCACCCACUGCCCUCUCCAACGGCAUCACAAUCAUCGAAUGCCAAACCGACGUCGUGACCGACAUCAUCGCGCGCCUCGAGAAACAGGGCGCCAAGUCGAUUGAGCCUAAGGAGGAAGCGCAGGAGCAGUGGAAGGCGGCGAUCAAUGCUAUGAGCAAACUGACGCUGUACCCGUUCACGUCGAGCUGGUGGGAUGGCGGCAACAUUCCGGGGAAGAAGGCGGAGAAUAUGAACUAUGUGGGCGGGAUAGAGAGGUAUGAGAAGACGUGUCGGGAGAUGAUAGAGGAUUGGACUGGGUUUGAUGUUGUGAAGGCUUGAGGAGGGAGUUGAGGGCUGUAUUUUGAGGUUGGUCAUCUGAUUGGUAUACUCUUCGACAUCCACGACUAUUACUCGUUAAGUUACCUUAAUAAACUCUGCCGUUAUUUCGAGUGGCC